UACGAUGGGACGUGUAUUUUAAAAGAUAGUAAUUGUGUAAAUUAUAACAAGAAUAGUAUUUGUGUAUCAUGUUCUAGUGGAUAUGAAUUAGACGACAACUAUAAUUGUAUUUUAUCAGAAAAGUGUGAGUAUGGAACGACAUCUAAUUGUUACAAAUGUUCCAAUAAAUAUAUAAGAGAAGACAGUAAUUGUAUUUUAAAUCACAAUUGUAUUUAUGGAGAUGGGACUGUUUGUAUUAAAUGUGAAAAUGGUGAGUCUCAUAGUAAAUGUGAGAGUUGUGCAGAUACAAAUUGUCUUAAAUGUAAUAAUAAUGUUUGUGGACUUUGUCAGACUGGAUAUGUUUUUAAUGAUACAAAAAGUUGUGAAAAAGAAAGCUUUGGAUUUUCAUAUGGAAUUUCAACUGUUUAUUGUAACAAUGGUUUUUAUAUGGAAAAUUCACAAUGUAAAAAUUGUUUAACAAAACAUGAAAAUUCAAUUUUUUGCAACACAAAUAUUUCUUUGCAAUGUGAUGACAAUUUUAUUAUCACAGAAGACGGAAAUUGUAUAACCAAAAAUUGCAAAGUCAAUGAAACAAAUGAAGAAAAUGGGCAAUGUACUUUACCACAAGAAAAGUGUCUUUCUAUAGUUAAUAACAAGUGUAAUGAAUGUGACAGUAAUUAUAUAUUAACAAACAUUUUUACAUGUGAAAUUAUGAAUGCAACAAAUUCAAUUGAAAAUUGCAAACAAAAUACUCAAAUGGGGUGUAUAAAGUGUGAUUUUAAUUAUUAUUUAUCACGUGGACGAUGUUUUCCAUGUUCUGAAAAUUGCACGAGUUGUAUAGAAACAUCGACAAAAUGUCUUUCAUGCGAAAUUGGAUAUUAUCAAGGCGACAAUUAUAAGUGUCUUCCGAACGGUGAGUUAACAGAAAAGUGUGAUAAAAUAUCGACUGUCACAAAUGGGUGUUAUCAAUGUAAAGACAAGUAUUAUCGAGUCGGUUUGGACUGUCUUCCAUGUCUUUCAAACUGUUCAACAUGUAAUACCAAAGACAAAUGUUUGACUUGUAAUGACACAAAUUACAAGAAUAACAUUGGCUUAUGUCUUCCACAAAGUUUAAUAAAUGGAUGUGCCGUCCACACAACACAAUUUGGAUGUUCUAAAUGUCAAGAUAAUUAUUAUACUUAUAAUUUAUAUGAAUGUGAAAAAUGCAAUGAAAAUUGCACAAAAUGUACUUCUCAAAAUCAAUGCACUUCUUGUGUUAAUAACAAAAUUUUAUUUGAAAAUGGACUUUGUCUUGAUAUUUCUUCUGUUAAAAAGUGCACUGAAAUAUUCAAUUCAAAAUGUUCCAAAUGUGCAUUUUGGUAUUCUCCGACUAAUUCUGGAACUUCAUGUAACAAGAAAGUAAUGUGGUGGGUCAUUUUAAUGGGUGUUAUAUUAAUACUUAUAGUUAUUAGUAUAAUUGUUCUAAUAAUAUACUUUACUAUUUCAAAAAUACAACGAAAAUUGCGACAAAAAGAAAUCGAAGAGACGACAACGCGUUUUAAAAUGAGUCGUUCGAAUAUCAGUUUUAUUUCACUUGGCAAUGGAAUUGUUGUGAAUAAAAAAGAAAUUGAUUUUGGUGAUGACAUUGCAGUCAAUGAAAAACAGAGAGAACUUCUGUGUGUUGGAAACACCACAAAAUAUAACACAAAAAUACAAAUCACAACAAAAAGUGAAAAUGUCACAAAAUAUAAAUUCGAAGCGCAACCAAACAUCAUUGUCCUUGGUAAAGACGACGCCUGUGAAUUUGAAAUUUUCAUCGAAUUGAAAUGCACAACAAAGUUGAAUGAACGUCUGAUGUUAGUCGCAAAAAUGGGUGUAACCCACAAAGAUCUUAUUAAGGAAGUUAAAAUCAAAGCAACUUCAAAAUUGUCGACUCGACUCGACCCAGACGAACUGAUUGAAGAAAAAAUUCUUGGCGAAGGUUCGUUUGGUGUUGUGUAUAAAGGUGUUUUUAGAGGCAAUAAAGUUGCUAUUAAAAAGAUGAAGAACAGUGGAGAUAUAAAUGAAGAAAAUGAUGAAUUUACAAAGGAAGUAGCUAUGUUGGAUAAGUUCAGAAGUGAAUAUAUUGUCCAUUUUUAUGGCGCUGUGUUUAUUGAAAAUAAAGUAUCUGUAGUUACUGAAUAUGCUGAAUAUGGGAGUUUAAAAGAUUUAAUCAAACACAAACAAUCAAAUGAAGUUAAUAUGAAAUUAAGAGUUAAAAUGAUGAUAGAUGCGGCCAAAGGGAUAUUCUAUUUACACGAAAAUGGGAUAUUACACAGAGACAUCAAACCAGACAAUUAUUUGAUAUUUUCACUUGAUCUGAAUGAAAAGGUGAAUGCGAAAUUGACUGACUUUGGAAGUGCGAGAAAUGUGAAUUUGAUGAUGACUAACAUGACUUUCACUAAAGGUAUCGGCACUCCUAUUUAUAUGGCGCCUGAAGUGUUGAAUAGAGAGAAGUAUAAGAAACCUGCGGAUGUCUAUUCUUUUGCUAUUACAAUGCUUGAAUGUUUGAUAUGGGAAGAUGCAUUUUCAAAAGUGUUAUAUCCGCAUCCAUGGUGUAUUGCUGAUGACGUCGCAGUUGGAAAAAGACCAAAAACAGUAGACAGGCUUGAUGCUACAUAUCAAAACGUUAUAAAAAGUUGUUGGGAACAAGACCCACAAAAAAGGUGUACCAUUGAGAAUGCUAUUACCAUGCUCAAUAAAUUAAUUUAA